AUGGAAAACCAAGUGAACGUGACAGAAUUCAUCUUGCUUGGACUCACGCAAAACCCAGAUGUACAGAAACUCUUGUUUGCUGUGUUUACAGUCAUCUACUUUCUCACCCUGGUAGGCAACCUGCUCAUUGUGGUGACAAUAACAACCAGCCCAACCCUGAGCUCCCCCAUGUAUUUUUUUCUAUCUUUCUUGUCCUUCAUAGAUGGCUGCUGCUCUUCUACCAUGGCCCCCAAAAUGAUAUUAGACUUACUCUCUAAAAAGAAAACUAUCUCCUUCAGUGGGUGCAUGACUCAGCUCUUUGCAGAACAUUUCUUUGGAGGAGUAGAGAUCAUACUACUCACAGUGAUGGCCUAUGACCGCUACGUGGCCAUCUGCAAGCCCCUACACUACAUAGUUAUAAUGAACAGGCGGGUAUGUGGCCUCCUGAUGGCCAUAGCCUGGGCAGGGGGAUUUCUUCAUGCUCUAAUUCAAAUUCUUUUUAUAAUAUGGUUACCCUUCUGUGGCCCAAAUGUCAUUGACCAUUUCAUCUGUGAUUUAUUUCCUCUGCUAAAACUCUCCUGCACAGACACACACAUCUUUGGACUCUUUGUAGCUGCCAAUAGUGGACUAAUGUGUAUGCUCAUUUUUUCUAUUCUUAUCAUCUCCUAUAUCCUCAUCCUUUGUUCCCUAAAGACUCACAGCACUGAAGAACAGUGGAAGGCUCUCUCCACCUGCAUCUCCCAUAUUACUGUGGUCAUCCUAUUCUUUGUACCCUGUAUAUUUGUUUACCUUCGUCCCAUGAUCACCUUCCCCAUUGAUAAAGCAGUGGCUGUGUUUUAUACUAUGGUAACACCCAUGUUAAACCCUUUAAUCUACACACUUAGAAAUUCAGAGGUGAAAUAUGCCAUGAGGAAACUCUGGAGUCAAAGAAUAAUCUUGGGUAACAAUCUGUGUGAAUAG